CUACGUUUCGAUCUAUUACUUACCUCUCUUUCUCAGUCCACUACUCUGUAUAUUGGUCGUUCGGAUACUGCUCAGCAAUCGGGUGUUAAGUGUUCCGAUCGAUAUAGCUGCGCAAUUGCAACUUGACGUACUGAUUAACGACAAACAUCUACACGUAAGACGAACAAAUGAACUAAAAUGGCUUCGCACAAUACGCCAACUCCUCUCGACUACAAUCAAUUUGAAGGACUUCAAGCGACUCCGUCUAUCGCUCAGUUACCGCUGUUAGAGAACUGCGACCCUGAGGGUGAUAUUCGUCUAACCGCCCCCCUAAUUACAACACCUGGGGUAAAGACACAAAAGUCCUUCAUCGUCUCAUCCAAUGCUUUGAGGCUCGCCUGCGACCCCUGGAACAAGAUGCUAGCGCCAGAUAGCCCUUUCGCAGAGAAGGGCAAGAUCGGUCAGGGCGAACUAUCUUUUCCGGACGAUAACGCGGCACCUUUGGCUAUACUGCUACAUAUAGCGCACUUGAAUUUCGAUAAGGUCCCCCAAAAUAUGAAUUUCCGGAGCCUUCUCGACCUCUCAAUUUUGACGGAUAAGUAUGGCGCCACCAAACUCGUACGGCCGUGGAUCAAGACCUGGAUUGCCGAUGAGUUUGGCCGGCUAGCGUCUUUCCAAGAGUUAGCGGUACACUUAGUUAAGGAAGUGAGGGUGACUGCGAACGGCAGAUGCGUUACACAGAAAGGAAGAAUCCUAGAUCCGUCAGGAGAGAGCUGCCAACUACCUCCAGACAUUAUUGAAAGCAUCCUUGGUGUCCGACAACAAGUUAUCCAAAGCUUGUUUGAUAUUUUCCAACGUUUCAUCAAGGAAUUUGCCGCAGUUCGGUCUCAAAAUAUCUAUGGGACUCGCUGUGACUGUUCUAGUAUGCAAGAGAAUCAAGACGACAAGCGACAAUGUGAUAUCUUAGCAUUCGGAUCCCUCACACUUUCGCUACACCAGGCUGGGCUGAGCUUGGAGAAGAGUUGGGUAGACAAGAAGGACAGGAGCAUUACGGAGCUCUCUACGAAGCUUCUUGGCAUCGAGGUGGUCAUGCGUGGACAUAGAGGUUACAGUAGCACGUGUAAAAACUGGUUGCUCAAGACAGAACUCCAGCAAUCGAUCAACAUGGUGCUGAGCAACAUUCCCUCGCCCGUUAAGGAUAUACACCGUCGUCACCUCCAACGCCAAGCAGCGGCGUGCGGCGCGGCUUGAAUAAGGUAAAGCCUGCGGGAGAGAAAGGAUAGCGGUAUUGGAAGCAGGUUUGUAGAUAAUCUAUACUUUUCGCGUACAUUAUC